GGGACUUACCCUGACACUCAUUUCCUGGUCUGUUCAGGUUCUCCGUUAAUCCAGUGCCGAUGUUUCUGAAAUUAUACAUCAAAAAUCAUCUAUGAACGAUUACCCUUUGCUAACGUGAAGCACACAUCCACGCGCAGGCUACCCGUCGAGGCAAAGUUUGUGUUUUGACCCGUUUCCCUAGUGUACCCUGUAUCGAUCGUCAGCAUGGGGGAGGUGGAGCUGUCCUGUCAAGCCUAUGUAAAGAUGUACCUUCACGCUGCGCUGUUUCCUCGCUGCAGCGUAAACGGCCUGCUGCUCUCCUCUAGCUCCACAGGGGGCGCUGUCUGUAUCACAGAUUGUGUGCCGCUCCUGCACUCACACCUGUCUCUGGCCCCCAUUACCCAGCUCGCCCUCACACAGGUCGACGUUUGGUGUUCACAGACGCAGCAAAGGAUUGUGGGAUAUUAUCAAGCCAAUGCUUGCGUUUCCGACAGCAGCCCAACUCCAUGUGCUCUGAAGAUCGCAGAUAAAAUAGCUGAACAGUUUGACGGCGCAGUUUUGUUAAUGCUCGAUGGCAGUAAAAUGUCUGCAGAUUACAGGGUUCCUCCCAUCGUCAUGUAUGAACGCAAGGAUUCAAGAUGGACGCUCAAAGAUAAGCACACGAUAAUGAUGCGCCAAUGGGAGGAGACCAGGGCUGUUGCAUCUCAGCUAUUGGACACCGGUGAUCACAUGACCCUCGUGGAUUUCGACUCGCACCUCGAUGACAUCACCAGGGACUGGACCAAUCAGAAACUGAACCACAAAAUCAGUGAGCUCUCGUGUCCCGCCAAUGGCACCAUCUGAAGAACCGAGGUUUAGAAGGAAUUUCACACACCCACAAAGCAUCUUCUAUCACAUCUGUCCAUGAGUUUCAGAAUCAUAAAACCACAGACUGUAUAUAUAAAUGGACACAUAGCUAACACAGUAGGAAGUGGUCACGGGUGCUGUUCCGGCUCCAGUUCACUUUACAUUGAAAAAUCAUCACCCCUCUUUGUAACUGCUUCUGUUAUUGUCACUUAAAAUAUUUGUAUUAAGGCUCUACAUGAUCCUGGUGUUGUCAUUUCGCUGUUUUGUUCCUAAAUCAAGAUAUGAACAUUAAUAACAGAACAAUGAGCUGCCCUCUUUCACUAAAGUUUCUUCUGCUACCAUUAGCACUCUGGCUCAUUAGUUGCUAUGAUACUCGCGGUCACAGUUCCAAAUAUGGAACUCUGCUCUGUCCAAACGAAGCUCAUCGAGACUAGCAGUUAUGGGGGUGAAUUUGGAGCCAACGCUGUGGGUGGACGUCACACUCACUUAGUCCACGUCUUUGACAACAGUCCUAAUAUUUUGCCCAUAGACUGCAUAUAGUGAUGAACAAAAUAUACAUUUAAUUAGUAGUGGUAGUUUUAAAAUAAUGAGUACAAUUUUGUAAUAUGUGUGCCAUUAAAAUAGUGAUGAAAUAAUUAAGAAGCUGUCACUAAAAAAAUCAUGACAUUGGGUCCUCAAUGUAACCUUAGUCUUUAAAAGCAAACCCACUGUAACAAAUGACUUCAUAAUGAAGACAAUAAUGUUUCAAGAUUUCUAUUUACCUUGACCUUUGAACGCAGAUGCUAAGAGCAUUAAUAAAGCCUUUUCUGUAGUGACCCACAUUUGUUAGGGUUGUAAAAGGUAUCAAAAAUCUGAUACUAAUCGAUAAUAAAACUAGUAUCAAAACUAGAUGCUCAUUUCAGCCUGUAUUGAUACUAAAGAAAUGAACCUUUCCUGAAUAAGUUUAUAAUGAUGACACAGACUAGUACACACCCGUGGAUCACUAUGAACCUACUGCACACUGAGGGAGUACACACAUGGGAAGAGAAAAGAGUCCUACCAUUUAAUGUGGAAAAUCACAUUCUGUUGUCUAAAUAAAGAGUGUUAUUAUCAUCAUGGUAUCAAAAUUGGUAUUGCGUGUUGAGUCUAUUCCCAAGCAUCGAACUUGAGUUUCAAAUUUUAGCAUUGUAACAACACUACUGGUUGUUCAAAUAUAGUUUCUUUCCCUCGCUCUACAUCUCCACCAGAGAGCAUUGUUCUGUCCACAAAUGCUAAGACCUUUUAUUAUUUAAUAAAAUAUUUAAAUGAUUAACAAC